AUGAAACAAUCAAUCAAGACAAUGGUGCUGAAUUGUGCUUAUCUGAUUCUUAUGCUGCAAUGCUGGUAUUUUGUUACCCCCACCUCAGCCAUGGUCCCUGAUCUAGGAGAAGCGUGGUAUUUGAAAGAUGUAGAUUAUCAUAAAAACUGGCAUAUCUCACCUAGUUCAUCUGCACAAGGCUCAAAGGACCACCUCACAAGAUACUUGGAUAGAAACCUAGAGGACAGGCAGAAUUCUCCACCCUUCUUCCUUUUUCCCCCUCACACUGAUUUUCCUCCUGACACACCCACAGAAGGAUUUGAUGCGCUUGGGCUAAUGAACCAGAUGUUAAAAUCAGAAGUGGAAACUUGGCCUGAAUACAUCCAGGAGAUAUUAAAGACCCAGCCAUCAUUCAGAAUCAAGAAUUUUUGGGGAUUUAUUUCAGAACUUUCAGAUUUUAUGACAACACCAAUUCUUCAGAAGACUCUCUUUGAAUUGGAUGAAGAGGAGCAAUUGAUUGAAAACCGGGAUCGGCGGGAGCAUAUUGGCUUACUUGAAUAUGAAAAGCAUGUUAAGCUCAUUAUACCAAGUGUUUAUCUUCAGAAUAGUAAGCCUAAAGAGGUCAUAGAUAUCUUCACAGGAGAAGAACAAGAGAAGCUGAGGCAAUACAGGAUCCUCCUGGAGAAACAGUGGUCUGCAGAUGAUCAAGUACAUCUGUAUAAAGUGUGGGGUUCACACAUGAGGACUUAUAUGGAGGUACAAGGUGUUGUCAAGGGAAUUCUUGAGUCCCAGGCAAUCCUGGUCAGAUGGUUGCAAAAAGGCACAUUCAAUGCUCAUAGCAGGAUGCACGCAGUUUUUCAAAAUUCAUUGGAUCCAAAUUGUGAAGCUCUUACAAAUGAAUUAGUGGAAUCUGUUCAGUCUUUGGACCAAAUAUCAUUUGAAAAACUUUACCUCUGUCAACGACAAGAUCAUUAUGGGAUUUAUGACUCUUUGUUUGAUGAACCAGGUUUAGAAGAAAGAAAAGUUUUUGUCUUCUGGGUCAAAUACAUGCCAUUCUUUCUUGAAAUGAGAUCAAGGGAAGAUCUACAAACUUGGCAAUGCAUGAUGACAAUGUUGAUUGAGAGUGACACACAGAACGGUCACUUGGAAUCCAUCAUGGAACAAUUUUUGAUUCAAGAUCCAUCUUCACAAAACCAGAAGAAUUUGAUCAAGAGGUUCUUAGAAUUUGCUCGUGCAAAACCGGGGGAUGGAAGUUUCAAAGAGCUUAUAAAAGAUGGGCUAAAUGAGAUGAAAAAAACUCCUGAUAUGCCUUGGGUCUGGCAGGAAAAGAAAAGAUUGAAGGAGAUGGAGCCUGAAGAAUAG